AGACAACAGUCCCCAUAGAGACGGAGGGCAGUCCGAGCUCCGUUAGACCUGCUAGUCCUCUCUCGGGGGCGUCAAUAUGAAACAGCCGGCUUCGGGAUAUUAAUAAUUUCCUCUAAAACAGACUUCCGGAUGGUUGCCAAACAGAUUUUUUAAUUAUUGGAUUAACCACCAGCCGCAGCUUUAUCCUGAGAGGCCGGAGAUUUGUGUCGCUGGGCAGGGAGGAGUCCUCUGUUAUUUCACCGUUAACGUUAGCUGAAGCCGGAACAACAUGUCGACGUUUUAACUACACCUCCAUCUCAAACAUAAAGCUGAGGAGAGGACCCAAUGCACUCUUAAAGGAUGGAUGUGGGGGUGAGUGCUGGCAGGGACAGCACCUGGAGGAGAGCAGCGGCCGCAGAUGAUGCAGGAGAGAGCAUGGAGGCUCAGGUCGUGCCGCUGGAGCUCUACGACUCUGCAAGAGCCAAAAUAGACGCAAAUCUCCGCUGGUUGUUUGCCAAAGCUCAUGGUACAGAUCACAUCCCUACAGACCUGCAGGACCCCUUUUAUACUGACCAGUAUGAGCAGGAACACAUCAAGCCCCCCAUCAUCCGCCUGCUGCUGUCUGGAGAGCUGUACUGCCGGGUAUGCGGCCUCAUCCUGCACGCUGAACAGGCUGCCUCCCUUCAAAGCCACCAGUCUGUCAUGCAGGCUCUGUCCAGGAAAGGCAUCUAUGUCCUGCAGACAGACAACACACCUGUCUCUGAUCUGGACCUCAGCUCAGCUCCGAUCAAGAUGAGCUCCCACAUCCACCUUAUUGAUGCCCUGAUGAUGGCCUACACUGUGGAGAUGAUCAGCAUAGAGAAGGUGGUGUCCAGCGUCAAGCGUUUUUCCAACUUCAGUGCCUCCAAGGAGCUCCCUUUUGACCUGGAAGACGCAAUGGUUUUUUGGAUCAACAAGGUGAACAUAAAGAUGAGGGAGAUCAUGGAAAAAGAGCUGAAAAUGAAGCAACAUCUGCUGGAUUCACCCAGUCACCAAAAGUCUCCCUCCAAAUGGUAUUGGAAGCUUGUACCUGUACGUUACCGCAGAGAUCACCUGUCUGGUCGGACAUUUCAGCACUUCCCUCUGUUGGACGACCUGUUGAAGGAUGUGUCUGACGGCACAGCUCUGCUGUCUGUGAUCCACUUCUAUUGCCCAGAGCUCAUUAGAUUGGAAGAUAUCUGUCUGAAGGAGGUUCCUUCCAUAGCAGACACUGUGUACAACAUCCAGCUACUAAAGGAGUUUUCUAAUGAAUACCUGAACAAAUGCUUCUAUCUGAAGCCUGAGGACAUGUUGUAUUCUCCACCAGUAUUAAAGAAUAAUGUGAUGGUCUUCAUUGCUGAGCUCUUCUGGUGGUUUGAGUGUGUGAAGCCAGAGUUUGUACAGCCCAGGGACCUUCAGGAAAUCAGAGAUGUGAGAUUGCUGCUGCAGCCUAAGAGUUCACGACCCCAUGUUCCCAUCUCCAACGUCACCAAACGUAGUUUCCUGACAACAUCAAACUCUGCUGACAUCUUGACCAUACCUCCGAGCCCUGACCUCAGCACAAAACAAAGACCAUUAAGCCCAUCUCACUCUUUACUGCCCCUGAGACAGAGACAACAGAAAGUGGCUGAGGAGAGCACUUCAGAACUGAGGAAUAGGUCCAACUCUAUGACAUGUCCAGAUGGGCAGCAUCAGGGCUCAAUACUGGCCUGGCCGGAAAGGAGGCCAAGGCCUUUAUCCCAGCAAGUACCUUACGCCCUGCAUUGUCCCAUCGAGGACGAUGCAGACAGUAUCAGCCUUGCUCGCUCCAUCAGCAAAGACAGCUUGGCCUCCAACAUAAUGAGCAUCACCCCCAAACACAUGCUGGGGUCAGGUCCUCAGCUGCCUCAACAUAGACUCAGUGGUCAAAGCCUUCUUAAUCACAUGCACAUAGAGGAUGAAGAGGAGGAAAUAGAAGAGGAGGAACUGGUUGCUGUAAUCCAUCCUUCUGCAUUUUCUCGACGUCCACUUGGGAGUGACAUGGAGCAGGAUGAGCUGGAAAUCCAGAGUGCAACCUCCACUUCAAGAGUUUCUAAUAGCCGUUGCUCUCCCCGCCUCGACAUAGGUCCAUUUACUCCUGACUGCCAGGCAGACAGCUACUAUCUGGAGCGUCUGAUGCCUGCCAUCCCUAAACCAGCCAAAGAGAAGAGCAUUUCCCUGAACAAGGAGGAGGAAAGUGGUGAGAGUCGCUGUAGAGUACUAGCAACUGCUAGGAAAGCAGCCGCCCAUGCCCCAAGCACCUCACAGAGAAAAGGCCCUGUAUCUGAGUUAAACAGAAAUACCUUUACGCCCAUACCCAUGGUAGAAUCAGUCCCAAGCUCUCUCAGGCCACCCACAGAGGGGUCUAUAGACAUCUCUCCUUCUGGGAAGAAACAGUCCCAUGGCUUUUUCCUUCAUAUUUCAGGAGAGCCAGACAGCGACAGUCCUUUCUCCACGGCACUGGAGGUAGGGCAAGAAUCUGACUCUGACAUUGCAGACCUUGAGGAAGAUGAGGAGGAGGAGGAUCAGAUGGAGCUGACUAAAGAGGUGGUGAAGAGAGGAAGGGAAAAAUACAUAGAGGAGGGAGUGGCGUGUGAAUUUGGAGAGGGUGAGUCUGCCAAACUGAGAGAAGACUCGAAGGUUAGUGAGCGGGACGAUAAGGAAGACUGUGAGCGGGACGAUAAGGAAGACUGCAGUGGACGCUCAAGCCCUUGCCUCAGUACCAUAUCCUGGGCGAGCAGCUGCAGCGCUUCAGGCAGCACCAGUGUCAAGAUGACCAGCUUUGCAGAGAGAAAGCGCCUUAAACUUGGCCUCCGUGAUGGAUUCUCAAGUACCAGCAGCUCUCAGAAAACCACACCGGAUGGCUCUGAGGGGGGGCAACCCUGCCCUCCCUGGCAGCUGAGGAGUGACUGCACCUCCAGCUGGAUAGGGAAGGAGCCUAUGUUGGGGAAGAAUAUGGUGGUGAGUCCCUCGGUAGUGCCUUCAGAGCUGCUGCAACUUCACAUGCAGCUAGAAGAGCAAAGACGUGCUAUUGAGUAUCAGAAGAAGAAGAUGGAGACCCUAUCAGCACGGCAGCGACUGAAGCUAGGGAAGGCUGCUUUCUUGAACAUUGUUAAGAAGGGUGGAGGGAAGAGUGACACACUUCCUCUGCCCCUCAAACACUCCCAGGAAUCCUCAGAACUAGCUGACAGGAGCAAAGUGAAGACCCCGUCCUGCAAGGAUGACUCCUGUCUUGAUGUUCUGAUGGUCCAGGCAAAGGCAGGUCAAACAGAGGGAAGACAAAUGAACAGAGAUAACAGGUUGAACACUGUGUCCCAGGAUAAUACGGCUGAACCUGACUUGAAUGAGUGUUCCCACUCCAUAGAUCUACUCAAUGAAGCUAUAAGUUCCAUUCAGCACCAGAUGAUGCAGCUCUCUUUACAGCAAGACCUGCUGAUGAAGCGUGUGGUGUCACCUCCAGAACGUGUAGAGUCAAGCCCUAGCUCAAGCCCUAGCACAACCCCAAACACAACACAAUCAACAUCCUUUACCUCAGAUUGCACAUCCUUUGACGUUCACUUUGUGGAUAUCUGUGGCAGCAGCUCUGCCCCUGCUCGCCGUCCUCCCAAGCUUAGCUCCAGCCAACGCAGCAAAGCCUUGAAGCAAAAACAGAGUAAAGACAACAGCAAGAUGGUUUCUGUCCAGUCUAAUACUCAGUCUCCUAGUGAAAACUCUUUUGGAGACCAGAAGACACCGAGUAUGGUUGAGAGCACUAGGCUAGAGAGAAACAUUCAGAGAAACACCACCUUCAGAGUCCAUGAUGACCCAAACAAAUGCAGCAUUGGAGAGGGAACAGGGCCCUCUUUGGACAGCACCCAGUCACAGGACCCACAAGUCCUCUCAAGUAUAUUGAUGUCUCCUUCACAGACUGCAGAACAAGAGGAGAACAAUGUUGCAAACUCAGUGAAAGAGGCUGUGGUUGGAGAUGAGAAUACCAGAGUCAAAGGUCAAUUGAUUGAGGUUGACCUAUCAGAGCUCAAGGAUCCACUGGAGAAUGGCAGUGCAGACGUUACAGACUGCACAGCAGAAGGCGAGCAGAAGAAUGUGCUAGGCUUCUUCUUUAAGGAUGAGGAAAAAGCAGAGGAUGAAAUGGCGAAACGUCGCGCUGCCUUCCUUCUAAAACAGCAACGCAAAGCUGAAGAGUCGAGACUACGCAAACAACAGCAAGAAGCUGAGAGUGAGCUGAAGCGUGACGAGGCCAGGCGCAAGGCAGAAGAGGAUCGUGUUCGUAAGGAGGAGGAGAAGGCACGACGAGAGCUUAUUAAGCAGGAAUACCUGCAUAGGAAGCAGCAGGCAUUGAUGGAAGAGCAGGGUCUGGUCAAGCCUCGGCCACGGACUAAAUCCCGCAAGAGCAGGCCCAAAUCACUGCACCGUGAAGAGUCCAACAGCCUCUCCAAAGGAUCCACCACAUGUAAUUCUCUGAAGGUGUCGAUGUUGAUCAAAGCGAAGGGCUCAGCAGCAGGCUGCAGGGGAGCUGACCUGAUCUGCAGUCACAGAGGAUCGACACUCUCUUUGGCGACCGAGGCAGACAGCGUCAUCUCUGGAGGGGCAGAGUCACAGAGAGCUGGAUCUGUGUGCUCAAUGGAGUCGUUCCCCAUGCUGAGCAGGGCGUCCAGCAGGAACAUGGAGAGGGACUGGGAGAACGGCUCUAUAGCCUCUUCCAUCACUUCAGUGGAGUACAAUGGACCUAAACUCUUCAAGGAGCCAAGCUCCAAGUCCAACAAGCCAAUCAUCAUCAAUGCCAUCGCUCACUGCUGUCUGGCUGGAAGGGUUAAUGAGGGCCAGAAGAAUGCUAUUCUGGAGGAGCUGGAAAAGUGCGAGUCGAAUCACUUGAUUAUCCUCUUCCGUGACGGUGGGUGCCAGUUCCGCGCUAUUUACUCGUACUCACCCGACACCGAGGAGAUCAUCAAGUUCACAGGCACAGGGCCGCGUGCUAUCACCCGCAAGAUGAUCGACAAGCUCUACAAAUACAGCUCGGACAGAAAGCAGUUCACCGUCAUCCCCGCCAAGUCUGUGUCGGUCAGCGUCGAUGCCCUGACCAUCCACAAUCACCUCUGGCAGGUCAAGAGACCGGGCAGUGCGCGGAGAAAGUGAGAAGGCAGAAGAGGGAAAGAAAACACUUGUUAUAGUUUCUGUUCUAUCUACUACUGUUGGGCAGGACCCAAUAAUCUUUGAGAUGAUUGACAUGUGGUCAUGUAACUGACAUGUCCCAAAGGGGUAUAUAUCUUUAGAUGUCAGACGGUGGCAGUGUGUGACUAUGAAACACCUGCCAACUGAAUGCUCUAACAUUUCAUGUUUUCAUUUCGUCUCGUUAGCUUUUUAUUCUGCAUGUCACAUGUUCAAAUUUGUGGGUACGUCCUACUUGAGUUAGGCACUAUUGAUGAUUGACUGAUUCUUAUGUAGCAAUGAAGAGGAGAUGGACCCUCGAGUUGAAUACUACUGAAUCUACUUUCAUUAACAAGCAUACUGCUGAUACCAAGUGCAACUACAGACAUGCAAAGGUGAACAUUCACUUGAUUAUGUCUUUUAAAUUUAAAGCUAUUUCAGCUUGGCAAAAAAAACACCCUACUGCUGUGAUUAAUCCAGGCUCCACAUACAGAGCCCCUAUUAUUCACCAGUAACUAUUUAUUACUGGUCAGUGCUUUCAUGAAGAGAGGGAGCUUUGAACAUACAUUUUUAUGUAAGUAUGGAAUGGAUUUUAGUGAGUGGUAACGUCCAGUCUUGUUUUCUAUUUAGUGCGUUUGAGGAAGUGUGUGAGUGUUAGUGGAAGGGGAGAGCUGAAUGCACUGUACGUGCAUCCUGCUCUGAAUGUGUUCUCUCACUGUUGAUUAUGCUUUAAAAUGUCUGUCAUGCAACAGAACAAUAGAGCAAAGCAACAAAACUUUUUUUUUCUUUUUUAGUUUGGGAGCUGCGUGCUGCUGUUACAGAGGAAGUGUAAUGUUUUUACAGUAGGGGAAAUUCUACUAGUAUUUGUUCCAAAAAGGAAGCGCUUUUGAGACUCAGUGCAUUAUACCGUUUCAGUAGUGCAUUAAAUUGUAUUAACUUCAUACUUACAUUCCACCACAUAUGUGAGCCAUCUGAGAUCCCUGAAUGGCUCGUAUUGCUGAACCAAAAUGAACUGAGCUAUGCCACUGAGCUGUUAGCUGCUCAUUAACUGCUCACUGGAUUCUGGUGAGACAUACGAUUUUAAUGUAGCUUCUGGCACUCAACACUAGUAAUUUCCCUGUAAUGACUGACUGUCAACAGCUGGUAUAACGUGGAGGGAAACUGCACAAUACUUGAUAUUUGUUUGCUGCAUUUUGUACACUUUUGAGUAGUAUUUUUUGUACGUUAUGUACAAGUUAUGUUUACUAAAAAACAGGCACUAUUUUGAGGUUUAUUCUGUUACAGGCUUUCAGAGAUGUUAUGAGUCUUAUUUCAUUGUGUUAUAUUGUAUGUUUAUUUAUUUUGAAGAGAUAUAAUAAAAUGCAACUAGGUAUGUUUUCUGA